GGACCGGGAAGUCCUUCCUGUUGAAGAAGAUUGUGGGCUCCCUCCCUCCGAAGACCACUUAUGCUACAGCCAGCACAGGAGUGGCAGGGGGGACCCAUGCCUUUGCAGGGAUUGGCUCUGGGAAGGCUCCGCUGGAGCAGUGCAUUCAGCUGGCAGAGAGGCCUGGGGUGCGCCAGCACUGGCUGGCCUGCCAGCACUUGAUUAUUGAUGAGAUCUCAAUGGUGGAUGGCAAGUUCUUUGACAAGUUGGAGGCAGUGGCAAGGGCAGUCAGAAAACGAGAUGAACCUUUUGGAGGAAUUCAGCUAAUCAUCUGUGGGGACUUCUUGCAGCUACCACCUGUCUGCAAGGCUAAUGAAAAAACCACAUUCUGCUUCCAGGCAAAAAGCUGGAGGAAAUGCAUCCACAUAAACAUGGAGCUGACUGAAGUGCGAAGACAGACCGACAAGACCUUUGUCUCACUCCUGAGUGCAAUCCGUUUAGGCAGGUGCACAGAGGAAGUUACCAGACAACUGAUGCAGACUGCUGAUAACAGGUCUGAGCGUGAUGGGAUCCUGGCCACGCGGCUCUGCACCCAUAAAGAUGAUGUAGAAAUAACUAAUGAGAAACGUUUGCAGCAGCUAUCAGGAGAAGUGCACACUUUCGAGGCUUUGGAUAGUGACCCAAUGCUAGUGAAGUUAAUUGAUGCUCAGUGUCCUGUGGGUGGUAGAGUUGAGCUAAAGCUUGGAGCUCAGGUGAUGCUGGCUAAGAAUCUGGAUGUGUCUCAAGGUCUGGUGAAUGGGGCACGAGGAGUUGUUGUAGGAUUUGAAAGUGAGCAGAAGGGGCUGCCUAAAGUGAGGUUUCUCUGUGGGAUCACACAGGUCAUAAAAAUGGAGAAAUGGGUCUUCAAAGGACUAUCAGGACUUCAUCUGAGCCGUCAACAGUUGCCUUUAAAACUGGCAUGGGCCAUUUCCAUUCACAAGAGUCAGGGCAUGUCUUUGGAUUGUGUGGAAAUCUCCCUGUCUCGUGUCUUUGAAAGUGGGCAGGCUUAUGUAGCCCUCUCCAGAGCACGUAGCCUUGCAGGUCUCCGUGUUCUGGAUUUUGACCCAAAAGUAGUGAGAGCUGAUCCUUCUGUGUUGCAAUUCUAUAGGCAGCUGAGACGACAUCAACUUCGAACUCAGAGUUUUGGAGGAGGCAACAGUAGAAGUGUGAGAAUUAUUGAGGUGUUUAAGAAGGAGUUCUCAAUAUAUCAGAGCAUUGCUGCUUCAAAGAACUUUGCUGGAGAGCAGGUGGAAGUACCUGAAUCUGGGGCUAGAAUCUGUGGAAG